AGAAGGGAAAGUUUGGGCCGUGCGUGGGGCUGGGGUGAGGGCGGGACAGAGGGGCUGGGCCCAGGCGAAGCUUCUGUCGCCGGUGCUGCGGAGGCCAAGGCUAGGACGUGGGUUGGGCCGGGCAGUGCCGGACACAGAGAAGCAGGAGGCGACGUCCGCUGGAGCUCCGAGCCCCCGCCGCACUGCCGCACGGUGACCCCGCGCCCCGGCGGCGUCCGACCCGUGGCUGUUGAGAGACGAUUGGUGGGGGCGCGGCGGCGGCUGGUGGGGGUGGGGAGACGCGCGGCGAGGAGACGAGCGAGGUCAGCGAGUUUGAGGGAGGACCGCGAGCCGCUGCCGCCGUCAUGUCCGAGGACUCGAGCGCCCUGCCCUGGUCCAUCAACAGGGACGAUUACGAGCUGCAGGAGGUGAUCGGGAGCGGAGCAACUGCUGUGGUCCAAGCAGCUUAUUGUGCCCCUAAAAAGGAGAAAGUGGCAAUCAAACGGAUAAACCUCGAGAAAUGUCAGACUAGCAUGGAUGAGCUCCUGAAAGAAAUUCAAGCCAUGAGUCAAUGCCAUCAUCCUAAUAUUGUAUCUUACUACACAUCUUUUGUGGUAAAAGAUGAGCUGUGGCUUGUCAUGAAGCUGCUAAGUGGAGGCCCUGUUCAUAUGAUGGUUGGAAGCCUUGCUAACACCAACCACCUUUCAAGAUGGUGGUCAAGCAUGGUUCUUUCUGUAUGGAGAGAUAUGGGAGUAUUAGGUUCUGUUCUGGAUAUUAUUAAGCACAUUGUGGCAAAAGGUGAACACAAAAGUGGAGUCCUCGAUGAGUCUACCAUUGCUACUAUACUCCGAGAAGUACUGGAAGGUCUGGAGUAUCUGCAUAAAAAUGGACAGAUCCACAGAGAUGUGAAAGCUGGAAACAUUCUUCUUGGAGAAGAUGGCUCAGUACAGAUUGCAGACUUUGGGGUUAGUGCUUUUUUAGCAACUGGUGGUGAUAUUACCCGAAAUAAAGUGAGAAAGACCUUUGUUGGCACCCCUUGUUGGAUGGCACCUGAAGUUGUGGAACAGGUCCGAGGUUAUGAUUUCAAAGCUGAUAUUUGGAGUUUUGGAAUUACAGCAAUUGAAUUGGCCACAGGGGCAGCUCCUUAUCAUAAAUAUCCACCAAUGAAGGUUUUAAUGCUGACACUGCAGAAUGAUCCUCCUUCUUUGGAAACUGGUGUUCAAGAUAAAGAAAUGCUGAAAAAAUAUGGAAAAUCAUUUAGAAAAAUGAUUUCAUUGUGCCUUCAAAAAGAUCCAGAAAAAAGACCAACAGCAGCAGAACUGUUAAGGCACAAAUUUUUCCAGAAAGCAAAGAAUAAAGAAUUUCUUCAAGAAAAAAUAUUGCAGAGAGCACCAACCAUUUCUGAAAGAGCAAAAAAGGUUCGGAGAGUACCAGGUUCCAGUGGCCGUCUUCAUAAGACAGAGGAUGGAGGCUGGGAAUGGAGUGAUGAUGAAUUUGAUGAAGAAAGUGAGGAAGGGAAAGCAGCAAUUUCACAACUCAGGUCUCCCCGAGUGAAAGAAUCAAUAUCAAAUUCUGAGCUUUUUCCAACAACUGAUCCUGUGGGUACUUUGCUCCAAGUUCCAGAGCAGAUCUCAGCUCAUCUACCUCAGCCAGCUGGGCAGAUGCCUACACAGCCAACUCAAGUCUCUGUCCCACCCACCGCAGAGCCAGCAAAACCAGCACAGGCUUUGUCUUCAGGAUCAGGUUCACAAGAAACCAAGAUCCCAAUCAGUCUAGUACUAAGAUUAAGGAAUUCCAAAAAAGAACUAAAUGAUAUUCGAUUUGAAUUCACUCCUGGAAGAGAUACAGCGGAGGGUGUCUCACAGGAACUCAUUUCUGCUGGCCUGGUCGAUGGAAGGGAUUUAGUAAUAGUGGCAGCUAAUUUGCAGAAAAUUGUGGAAGAACCUCAGUCAAAUCGAUCUGUCACUUUCAAACUGGCAUCUGGUGUCGAAGGCUCAGAUAUUCCUGAUGAUGGUAAACUAAUAGGAUUUGCCCAGCUCAGCAUCAGCUAAACCACAGCCCUGGAAGAGGCGGCCCAAGGAGAUUCCACACAUGCGUAUCUCUGUUGCUUCUGUUGGCCUGAACCCACUACUGCCAAAGAACCCAGCAACAAACCUCCCAGCUAGGAGCUUUAGAAGUCUUUCUUUAUGUUCUUCCUGCCAUCAUUCCUCCUUUUCCCACAGGGAAAGUAAAGUUGGAUCACCAGUGGCCAGCAUCCCCAGAGUUCCGUUAGUAAACUUACUUCAUAUGUCCCCUGUCUUCCUCCAUCUGAGAAGUGGCCCAUGUGCUUCAAGGCCCAGGAGGGAGAUCUGUCAGCUCAUUCUUGCCUUACUCCAGUGAUGGCCCAGGUGGAAAAGUAGCAGCUAUAUUGGGCUUCCUCAUCCUGCCUGUUCUCCCACACCUGCCAGGAUAUGGACAUCUUGGGAUAUCUCUUUACCACUGAAGUAGAAUUCAAAGUUGAUUGUUCAGCUGAAGCCCAGAGAAUUUAAUUUAGUGUUUUUUCUUUGUACCUGAUGUGAAUUCUAGCAACCUUUGUUAGGAAAAAGCACAGCCUCAGAUGGAGGCAGCCUAAACUGUAUUCUUGUUUUGUUCAUGGUGUUUCUAAGCGUUUUGCUGAAGCUGCUCUCAGGCACCCCCUUCUUCAUUGCUCUCUCCAGAAAGGGUUGCUAGCCUUAACUUCAGCUGGUGCAAAACAUCUGACUGUAGCCGAACUUCAGCCACCGGAUCCUUCAGAGUGGAACUUCGGAUUGUUUUUACAGACAACAUCAAGUAAUGGCUUGUAAAUGUGAAGCCAGAGGUGGUUUUUGAACAGGAAAAUCAUAAUUCAUAUCAUUGGAGAAGUAUUUAUUUUCAAAUAUUGAAGAAAAACUCAAUCCUCCCAUGAAAAUCAGUUCGUCUGGCCUCCACAUCAUGAGGAAAUGGGUAUGCAAGGCUGAGAUUUCUACAGCAAUAAAGGAGACUCACACUGGGCCGGAGAGGCCUGCCUUCUGCCUGCCCUCCUGCACUGACCCUUUGGAGGAGGUCUCUGUGUGCUGAAGCUAACUUAAGAUGGAAAGUGAAACCACAUGUGCCGUGACCUUUAGGUUUUAUGAGUAGACAGUGUUCAUUUGAUUUUCUACAGAAAUAAUAUAAAUUAUUCUUUAGGUUUAAAAAAGAGCACUCAUAAUGCAAUAUGUGAAUAAUCAGUGAGGUUGAUUUUUCUUUUUUCCUACUGUUUCAUAGUCAGUCUCUGUCUAACUGCUAGUAACCCUACCGAGUUUUAUAUAUGAGUGGGAUACUCGAUCUGGCCUUAAAAAGACACACAAAGAUGGGCUGUGGGCCCCUGGGAAGGAGGGGAGUUGCCCUUUACAGAAUCACUCAAGCCCUUUCCAGCAUUGUUAGUCUGAUGAACAAGGUUACCUUUUCUCUCAGAACGUAUCUGAAAGCCUUCCCCACAAAUCACUUGUCAUACCUUUUGUUUCAUUCUGAGCCUUUAGUUUUAGUCAUGGGCUUUCUUCACCUGCCCUAGGUGCAAAGGCAUGUUGGGAAAGAGAUGGAUGUUGGGGAGAAAGAGGGGGAUGGAUUUCGGGAGUUGGGAGGAGAGUAGGUAAGACCAGACACCCAAGUCCAAGGUCCCAACAGUCUUGGUAAAAGGAGGGAGCUUGCUGAGCCAGGAGGGAGAAAAGAAGAUUGACCAGCUUGCUAGAAAAUUAUUUAGCUUUUCUUUUUCUUUUUUGUGGUGGUGGAGAGAAACAAGGAUGGGGAGGUGGGAAUGAGGUAUAGAAAAGAGAUAGCAUCUUCUUUGGCACAAGACUAGUGGCUUAUCUUAGAGUGUUUUUUUUUUUAUUAUUAUUAUUUUGGUUUCAAACAAACCCAUCAUAAUCUACUUAUUUAUGAAUCCAAGGGGGAGUAGUAUCACUCUGUUCUAGCAUUCUAUGUGGAGAUGGUCUGGUGCCCAGCUGAGAGUGAGCAGCAGCCCAUCCCCCUGUUCACUUUCUCCAGCCCAUCAUUACCUGUGAACUGAAGUGGGGCAGGCCUGACAAGUAGAAUUGGGCUGAGGUUUUCUCUCUGUUUUCAGUUCACUAUUUGCCCUGCUAGGAAUUAGGAGACAGACACCAAGUCCCAGGACAGUGUUAGUUCUUUUUCUGCAUGAUGUGUGGUAGACUCCCUUUGCUGGCUUGUGCAGUCAUACUGAGAAGAUAUAUGAACAGAAACUGCCCAGCUGGAACAGCACGUAACCUAGUGAGUGACGGUACUCCUCUCUGGCAAUGCUGGUUCAGAGUGCACCUCUGUCACUAGGUCCCAGGAUCCCCUUGUCCCUGGAAUAGGGGCUAACUAUAGCACAAAGUAUUAUGUGCCAAUGCUAUUUGUGGAAUGUUGGGUCUUUCUAAAUGACUAAUGGAUUUGUUAGGGUUUUUGCUUAAGUUUUGAACCAAAUCCUAGAGCCAGCUGAUAGUAUUUAAUAAUCUGGAGGAUAGAAUAAUGAUGUACCAAUAAGUGCAGAUUCCUCCUUAUGAUGUAUGCUAGGUUAUGGAAGAUGUAAAAUAUUCAACUUUUUCCUCCUUUUUUUUGACUUUGUAUUUUACUGCAUGUUUCCUUCCUUUUUAAUCAAUAAAGAGUACAUUGCCCUUA